AGCACUACUAGUAGCACGUAGGCACCUCUUUCUGAUCAUGUUUAGACUUCUUAUCACACUCUUGACGAGUCACGGCCGUUACACACUUUUGAAGAAGCUGGGUCUCUCUUCCUUUACAAAUGGCCACUAUUGUCAUUUGUUCGGUAAAUAAAACGGCUCAGACAACGACCAGAAGAUGUCUGAGUUCACAUGUUAGGGGUCUCGUCAGUGGCGGAGACUCUGGCUUGUUGUCAUCAAGGUCUUUGCUUCCGAGUUGGAGGUGGUUUUCCAGGAGCAGCAGUGUGCGGCUGAUGUCCCACGGGUGCAGACCUGCAGCUGGCCGGUCCAGCAGGAGGGGAGUCCUGGCUCUCGGCGGAGCCGCGGCGGCCACCGCAGCCGCGGUUGUUGCGGGGUUCCUGGCCAACUCCAGCCACUUCCAGCGCGCAGAGAUGGCAACCAGGGUGUCCCCGAAUGUGGAAGAAAAGGAAGCAGACAUCGUGGAAAGAUGCCGGGGGUUAAUGUCUCCUCCGGUGACGGACGUGAAGGUUCUACUUGGGAGGAAAGAGGAGAUGCGCACCAAGAUGGAGCUGCUGGUGAUGGAGACCCAGGCGGAGUUCUGCAAAGCCCUGCAGGAGGUGGACGGAGGGACGUUCAGGGUGGACCGGUGGCAGAGGAAGGAAGGUGGUGGAGGAAUCAGCUGUGUGAUGCAGGAUGGGAAAGUGUUUGAGAAGGCGGGAGUGAAUGUGUCGGUGGUGUUUGGGAACCUGACUGAGGAGGCUGCAAAGCAGAUGAGGAGUAGAGGAAAGGUCCUCAAAGGGAAAGAUGGUAAGCUGCCUUUUUGUGCCAUGGGUGUAAGCUCUGUUAUUCACCCCAAGAACCCCCAUAUACCCACGGUGCACUUCAACUACAGAUACUUUGAGAUCGAAGAGGCGGAUGGCUCUAAGCAGUGGUGGUUCGGCGGAGGAACAGACCUGACCCCAAUUUAUAUAGAUAAAGAAGAUGCCUUUCACUUCCACAACACCCUGAAGGAGGCCUGUGACAAGCACCACCCGCAGUACUACUCAGACUUCAAGAAAUGGUGUGACAGGUACUUCUACAUCCGCCACAGAGGAGAGACCCGCGGCAUAGGAGGUAUCUUCUUUGACGACUUGGACUCCCCAAGUCAGGAGGAGGUGUUCAGUUUCGUCAAGAGCUGUGCUCAGACUGUGGUGCCCUGUUACCUCCCUAUCGUGUACAGACAUCUCAAGGACUCCUUUACUGAUAAGGAGAAGGACUGGCAGCAGGUACGACGAGGGAGAUACGUGGAGUUCAACCUAGUGUAUGACAGGGGGGUGAAGUUUGGCCUGGCCACACCUGGCUCCAGGAUCGAGAGCAUCCUCAUGUCCCUCCCCCUCACUGCCAAGUGGGAGUACAUGCACGAGCCUGCCAAAGGUACCAGGGAAGCUGAGAUACUGGAGGUGCUGCGAACCCCAAAGGAGUGGGUGAAAACAUAAGUGUUCAAGUUCACAUGUCAAUACGGGCGAUGCUUUCAGGAAAGCCUCUUUGUUGUAUUUUAUAAAGCCUGCUGGACAUUAUGUACAUUCAACACCGUAUUUAUAAAAAUAUCAUGUUGCUUUGCAGUUGUUUGAAUAUUCUUUUCACUUGUGUUGAUACUUUUCUCAUUUUCCUGCAUGUUUUGUCAGAUCAGCCUUGUUUGACAACACUUUAAUAAAAUUAUUCAGAGGAAAGACCAAAUAAUUUAUCUCUACGGAUGACCUGCUUUUAUGGUCCUCUCACUCUGAUGAAUUGCUCCUUUUAACCUCUGCUGGGGAUAAAUGUUGCUUGCUCUACUUAAACCCGUCAGAGAUGUAAGCUCUACUUGUCUUUAAUGAAACACUGGAAAGGAAAAGAAAAACAAACCAAGCCACAGUUUUAUGCCCCCUUGUGUCUGCUAAAGAUAAUAAAUCGAUUUUGAAAUUAAUAAAUUUAAAGUAAUAAUAAAUUGCUAAGUCUUUAUCCAUGUUUAAACUUUUUUUUUUUUUUUUUUUUUUUAUCCACCCCCCUCAGUUGUGGUUAAUGAGUCACCUCCUGCUUUGUUUGAACAGUGGUAAACAAUAGUUGGAUUUUGGAACAUUCCCCAGAGAAUCAAACCUUUUUCAUCCUUUUCAUGACUCUUUGAUCCUGUUGUGAAAAUGAGAGCAGCAACCAGUGAUAAAAGUCCAGCAGGGAAAAGAGCUGACAGUGAUGAUGAUCCGGUGAUCUGAGUGAAAUGAAGGGCACAUGUAGCACAUUUUAAGUGUUUUAUUACAAAUAAAUUCAAGCUUUUGCACAAGUCAA